AUUUAGAUGGAUUCUGGAGGUGCAAAUACAUUUGUUAUAGAACCUAAAGAUGAAGAAAAGUGAUUUUUUAAUCAAUAUAAUUAGAUUCUAUCCAUCUAAAGUGAAAAAAUUAAUUUAAGAAAUCAUGGAUGAUAAAUUAAAAAACGAAACUUAUGAUGCUAAUAACACUCCUAAUUUAGCAGAAGAAUUAGUAAAAAGAAUAAGAAGUAAAGUUAGAGAAUGUAAAUGAAUUAUUUUAUAUUAUUCUAAAGCUAUCAAAAUGCCAAGAUUUAAAAUUGCAGUUUAAGUUAUAAUUGGAGAAGUCAAAGGAUAGGGAUGUAAAGUAACUUCCAAAAAUCUUUGGGAUCCAACUUGGGAUAAUUAUGCAUCAUAUGCAUUUCAAAAUGUAAUUCCUUUUUAUUAUAAUUAAAUAAAUAGGAGAAUAUCUAUGGUGUAGCAAUAGUAUUUGGAGUUUAUUAUGAAUGAAUUGAUAUUAG